AUGGAGUCUACUAACUUCCCUCUCUUUUGGUUCUGGUCACUGUGGGCCUUAGGAUCUGGCCCAGGCUGGGUACACAGCCAAGCACCCACCCAGCCACAUUCAAUCAAGAUAGAAGGAGACAUCACUCUCGGAGGCCUGUUCCCUGUGCAUUCCCGUGGCCCAGCUGGAGUACCUUGUGGGGAGGUGAAGAAAGAAAAAGGGAUCCAUCGGAUGGAGGCCAUGCUUUACGCUCUGGACCAGAUCAACAGUGACCCUGAUCUGCUUCCCAACAUAACUUUGGGGGCCCGUAUCCUGGAUACCUGCUCUCGUGACACCUAUGCCUUGGAACAAUCAUUGACUUUUGUCCAGGCACUGAUUCAGAAGGACACUUCCGAUGUGCGCUGCUCCAAUGGGGAGCCACCCAUUAUUGCCAAACCAGAGCGCGUGGUGGCUGUCAUUGGGGCCUCUGCCAGCUCUGUCUCUAUUAUGGUGGCCAACGUCCUUCGCCUCUUUGCUAUUCCCCAGAUAAGCUAUGCAUCCACAGCACCGGAGCUCAGUGACAAUAACCGCUACGAUUAUUUCUCCCGCGUGGUGCCUCCUGACUCUUACCAAGCUCAAACUAUGGUAGACAUCGUUAAAGCGCUAGGCUGGAAUUACGUCUCCACCUUAGCCUCUGAGGGCAACUACGGCGAGAGUGGGGUCGAUGCCUUUGUGCAGAUCUCCCGGGAAGCCGGUGGAGUGUGCAUUGCCCAAUCCAUCAAGAUCCCACGAGAACCCAAGCCAGGAGAGUUUAACAAAAUGAUCAAGAGACUGAUGGAGACCCCCAAUGCCCGUGGCAUCAUCAUUUUUGCCAAUGAGGACGAUAUCAAACGAGUGCUGGAAGCUGCCCGCUUUGCCAAUCUGACGGGGCAGUUCCUCUGGGUAGGUUCUGACAGCUGGGGUGCCAAGAUUUCCCCCAUUCUGAUGCAAGAGGAAGUGGCUGAAGGAGCAGUGACCAUCUUACCCAAAAGAGCCUCGAUUGAAGGUUUUGACCAAUACUUCACCACCCGUUCCUUGGAGAACAAUCGGCGCAACAUCUGGUUUGCUGAAUUCUGGGAGGAAGACUUCAGGUGUAAACUAACCCGUCCAGGGUUCCAGUAUGAUGAAGGGAACCGCAAAUGUACUGGCAGUGCCGGAACACCAGUCAUGUUCAACGAAAAUGGAGAUGCUCCUGGGCGCUAUGAUAUUUUCCAGUAUCAGCUGACAAAUACUACGGUCCCAGGAUACAAGGCCAUUGGCCAGUGGGCAGAAUACCUUCGACUGAAUAUCGAGGACAUGCAGUGGUCAGGUGGACAGAAGGAGAUCCCCUCAUCAGUCUGCAGCCUCCCCUGUAACCCAGGAGAGAGGAAGAAGAUGGUGAAAGGUGUCCCUUGCUGCUGGCACUGUGAGCUAUGUGACGGCUACCAGUAUCAACUGGAUGAGUUCAACUGUGAAAUGUGUCCCUUUGACAUGCGGCCCAAUCUCAAUCGCACAGCCUGCCGCCCAACACCCAUUGUCAAGCUGGAGUGGAGCUCCCCUUGGGCCAUUCUGCCCAUCUUCUUGGCCAUUCUGGGCAUCCUUGGCACUGUCUUCAUCGUUAUCACCUUCAUCCGUUUCAACGACACCCCCAUUGUCCGAGCCUCAGGUCGUGAGCUGAGCUAUGUCCUGCUCACUGGGAUUUUCCUCAUCUAUACCAUCACUUUUCUGAUGAUUGCUGAACCAGGUGUUACCAUCUGUGCCUUCCGGCGCCUUUUUCUUGGCUUGGGCAUGGCCAUCAGCUAUUCAGCAUUGCUGACCAAAACCAACCGCAUCUAUCGCAUCUUUGAACAAGGCAAGAAGUCAGUGACUCCACCCAAAUUCAUCAGCCCCACCUCCCAACUGAUAAUCACCUUCAGCCUCACAUCCGUGCAAGUUGUGGCUGUGGUCAUCUGGCUGGGGGUGCAGCCACCCCAUAGCAUCAUUGACUAUGAAGAGCAACAUACACCCAACCCAGAAUUCGCCCGGGGCGUCCUCAAAUGUGACAUGUCAGACCUCUCUAUCAUCUCCUGCCUCAGCUACAGUAUUGUUUUGAUGGUUACCUGCACCGUCUAUGCCAUCAAGGCCCGUGGCGUGCCGGAGACCUUCAACGAGGCUAAACCCAUUGGCUUCACCAUGUACACAACCUGCAUCGUCUGGCUGGCCUUUGUGCCCAUCUUCUUUGGCACAGCUCAGUCAGCGGAGAAGAUGUACAUUCAGACAACAACCCUCACCAUCUCCAUGAGCCUGAGCGCCUUUGUUUCUCUCGGGAUGCUCUACGUACCCAAAGUCUAUGUCAUCAUCUUCCACCCGGAGCAGAAUGUGCAGAAACGCAAGCGCAGCUUCAAGGCAGCAGCCACAGCUGUCAAUGCCUCCACGAGGCUCUCCCAGAAAGGCGCUCAGAAUGGCGAAAGCAAAGAUGAGAAACAGGACAGUAAGUAACCCAAAAGUAGGUAUCACUCUUA